AUUAAAAUAUUGUUUGAAGAUUAUAGUACAUACUGUAAAUUGUAAUCCUUGCUGUAUAACGAGCAUUAGAGAAUAAAUAUGUUAAAUAGGACACUGCUGUAGACCGUCAUAAUUAAUAGAAAAACGAGGGAGACAAUAUCAAAUAUGAUUUUACUACCUUCCGCUGCUUCAAUUUACAGAAAACUGGGAAAACAAUAUUAUACACAAUUUAAAUACUACAAUGCGAUAUGCUUUACUACUCCUUGUGCUAACGUAAGCCUUACAAAAAUAUGUCAAAACAAGAAGCAGCAGUUUUAUACAUCAGCAUACUACUUUGAAAAAAGUGAAACAUUAAAUGACAGCAAAGAUUUAAGCAAAAAUGAUAUUGUUUCCAGUAAAAAGGAAUCAAAGUUGCAAGAGAAAAAGCUAAGGGACAUCAUUGUAAAGACAGAAACUGAUGAAGAUAAACAUGUAACAAAAGUAACUAUAGAGAGAUCUCAAAAUGUAGAUACUAAAGCAAUUAAAAAAGAAGCUGCACCGGCCCCCCCGAAAAAGAAGAGACUCUUAAUUGACUUUUCGGCAUCUUAUACUGAGAGAAAUUUCAUAACACCAAUGAGAGCCAUGACUGAAUAUCUUCUGAAGCAAUCAGAUUUGGAAACUCUACCUAAAGUUUUGAGGCGGUCUCCGUAUGAAUUAGAACCACCAAUCACUGUGUAUUACAGGAAAGAUGUUGAAGCAAAGGCAAUUGAGAUUUGGGGUUCCAAAGAUGCUCUUGACAAAGAAUUAUUAAGAAGAGAAUUGGAUAGAAGAAGAUAUGAACAAGAUGUAUUCACUGUAAAACGAAGACUAAGAAAUUAUAGAAGGGAAAUGGGACAUACUAAACCAAAGCAAGUGGAAGCAGUGGGAUUAAAAACAGUUUCCGGAAGAGUUGUUUUGACUGCUGUUGGAAUUAAUGGAUGCAACUUUAUAUUUAAACUUUGUGCCUGGCUGUACACUGGAUCUCACAGUCUAUUUUCUGAGUGUAUACACUCACUAGCCGAUACAGUAAAUCAACUUAUUUUAGCUUAUGGAAUACAUAAGUCUGUACAGAUUGCAGAUCCGGACCAUCCAUAUGGGUACACAAACAUGAGAUAUGUGUCGUCCCUUAUCUCUGGUGUGGGUAUAUUCUGUGUCGGUUGUGGACUGUCGUUCUAUCACGGAGUUACUGGAAUACUAGAUCCUCAACCCCUGCACGAUUUUUAUUGGGCCUAUUUUGUCCUUGGAGGUGCUGUGGUUUCUGAAGGUGCCACAUUGAUGGUAGCUCUUAAUGCCAUCAGAAAAGGAGCAAAGGAGGCAAAUAUGUCAUUAUACGAUUAUAUAAUGCGCAGCUCGGAUCCCUCCGUGAACGUGGUAUUGUUCGAAGACACGGCGGCGGUGGCCGGCGUGGUGGUGGCGGCCAGCUGCAUGGCCAUCGCCCAGUACACCGGCAACCCCCUGCCCGACGCCAUCGGCAGCAUACUCGUCGGCACGCUGCUGGGCGGCGUCGCUUCCUUCAUCAUACUCAGCAACGUCGGAGCAUUGGUGGGAAGAUCGAUCCCACAUGAACAAUUGGACGAAAUAAACAGUGUACUGGAGAGGGACUUCAUGAUCAGAGCCAUCCAUGAUGUUAAGGGUAUAGAUAUAGGAAGUAAUCUUAUUAGAUAUAAGGCUGAAGUAGAUUUUGAUGGAAGGGCUUUGACAAGAUCAUAUUUGGAGAAACAUGAUCUAAACAAUCUGUUAGAGGAUAUGAAGAAAAUUGACACAAUCGACGACGUAGAGGCGUUCCUGUUGAAACACGGCGAGAACAUUGUAGACAUGCUCGGGGGUGAAAUUGACAGGAUAGAAUUGAAGCUAAGGAAAAAGUUUCCUCAGAUUCGGCACUGUGAUUUAGAAAUUCUGUAAAUAAUAUGUCGUUAGAAAAAAAAAUGAGGCGAAUUAUUAUCAGCAACGGCAUCUUCAUUCCUGAUACCGUUUAAGUUUUGAAUUUAGUUUAUAAUAGGUUUGGAAACUGAAUUCGAAUUUUUAUGUCAAAUCGAUAUGGCUAUAGAUUACAAUAUUUUGAUAAUUGUUAUGACACGUUAGAAUAGGUCGCGCACAUUUUUAGGAUCGCUCUACGUAAGUAAAAUGUGUCUGCCAAUAAUGCGGUACCGUCAGAUCGCAAUUCGUCAUUGAUCUACCAAUAGCAAACCUCCGUGUGCCACCAAAGUUACCUAAAAAUAGAACAAUGUUCCCUUUCCAUUCUGCGAGCUAUUCAAGAGUUGGGCGCGACAUAAUAUUAUACCUAAUAUAGAACUAUGAAGUCAUUCUUGAUAUAUUAUACAGGAUGUAACAAAACCAAGUGAUAAAACUUUAGGCUGUGUAAUGUGUAUGUGUCCCUUACAUAUAGUUCA